AUGCGGUACAGAAAGAGAACCAGAGAAACAGAGAGUCAAGACACCAACGAAGCAGAGCUCUGGGGCCGUGCUUCAUGCACGACUCCCGGGAUCUUCUUCCGGCCCAGCGAGGAGAGCCCAGUUCGUCUCCUCGCCUCUGAAGAUCAGUCACCCAAAGCUGCUCCAGAUGCGAGCCGGAAGCGACAACCGGCUCUGCUGAGUCUCCCCUGGUGGCUGCAUAUUGCAACCUUUUUCUCUCGAAUCCAGCUGUAG